UCUUCUUCCGCUAUUCUCUUCCUUGGUUGAGCCGCACUGUCAUUUAUCUUGCAGGCGAGGUACCCUCCGGGACUGACUUUCUUGGAGUUAAUUUUGCGCUGGUUUGCCUUGGCCGUGACACUGAAGCACUUGGAGUAAGAAGGGGAAGCGGAGAAAAAGAAGGCCACACAAUGACAAUAAUAGAUUUCAUAGACGUGAUUGAUGAUAUUGUUGACUUGAGCGGCGAUGAGGAGACUGUUGAAAGGGCGACGUUGCUUGGUACGCAGGCUCUUUUGAUCCUAUCUGGUGAAGGAAGGCAAGAUGCACAGGCUGGUGAAGGAAGGCAAGAUGAUACUGAGUCCGGAAAUGCUUUGGUAGCCGCCACAUUUUCUCCAAGUAUGGAAAAGGCGCCUCUUGAUACGGCUGUAUCACAGAACUCUCCUCACUCUCCAACAGCAGCGCUAUUCGCCAGCUCAGCUACUACCACUCCGACGGCUCUGUCCUCUGAACGUAGUGAUGCGAAGCUGGUGAGUGUGAAGGUGAAACGGCCUGGGAGGAACUACCACACGGGGGGUACUCCUAGGAGAAGUCCUAGACUUGAAGAGAAUAAAAGGUGCCGUAACAAGUCUACAGAAGAGCUGGCAGCCGAUUGCAAGAGCCCUAACAUGCUUGAGCAAGCAGAGGAAUCAGCUGCCUCUAGUCAGAAUGCAGGUUCUGCAAAGAUCCUCUAUACAAACCCUGCAAACUAAGGUAGUUGAAUGAAUAUGAUCCUCUAUGAAACUGUCUAAGUGUCAUUGCCCUAGAGGGAUCGGGACUUGUGUUGCCCCAUCUAUCUCAGGAAAUUAUAUUUGGCCCUUUGUCUCGAACCACUAGGGCAUCUUGUAAAAUUAUGGAACUAUGGUUUACUAUGUAAGUUGCUCAUCACUUGAUUAUCUACUGAGUUUAUGAUGCUACAGUGUCUAGUGAUUGUAAAUGCUGGUUUUCUUCAGCAAUUUCUGACGGUUCCAAUUGGAAACUACUGAAAAUUCUCGUGA